AUGCAAACCCAAUUCCCACACUUUCCACCGUAUUUUCAGCACCAGCAGAGUCGGCAACCCUUCGGCAUUUUUGAAUUGUUGAAGGAAAACUUUUUCUCUGAUGCAACAAGCAAUCAAGGUCUCCAUCAAACUCCGAAUCAACCUCAAGAUUUUACGGAAGGCCAGCUCGAAUGCUCAUCCGAGGAACAGCGAUCUGUGGAACCGAAACCCAAUCCGAAGAGCAAAAGGGGGAGGAGAAAGCUGAAGAAACCGAGGACUUCAUUUACUAGGCUACAGGUAGCAAUCCUGGAGCAAAGAUUUGCCGAUCAAAAAUAUCUGGCAAGCGGCGACCGCCAAAUGCUGGCCGCCCAUCUUCAGAUGUCAGACGCCCAGGUGAAGACGUGGUUUCAGAAUCGCAGGACGAAAUGGAGGCGUCAAGAAGCCGUGCUCCGCUCCGAGGCCCAGGAUUUUCAUUUUCUGCCGCACAGCAAUAAUGACAAUGACGAGCAA